CAUUGAAAACGUUUUUAGAAACACCUAACGAUUUAUUUUUUAAAGUUCUUUGCAAAUAUUAAAUAUAAAAACAAUUUAAAUAGAACAAUAAAAAAUGUGUAUUUUUAUGUUAUUGUGAUAUGAGUGCCAGUGUUAGAUAUAUUGAUGCAGGUUUUAAAAUGUGAAAGAUUCAUAGUUCGACGAUUUGCAAUAAAGUAAUCAAAUACCUAUAAAACAGAAAAUUUCUGCAAACUAAUUAAUGUUUACAAUUUGGUCAAUUAUGCUUAAAUUGAAGAAGAAAAUACACCUGCUCGAUGAUAUUUGUACAUAAAUAGAAAAAUAUGAUGUAUAUCAACAACUUUUUUAAAAAAAUUUUUGCAAAGUAAUUAAUGUUUACAAUUUGGCUAAUUAUGCGUAAAUCGAAGAAAGAAGUACUCUGGCUAGAUGACAUUUCCAAAUAAAUAGAAAGAUAUGAUGUAUAUCAACAACUUUUUAAUAAAAAGGCUUUAUUAUUUUUAUAUAAAAAAAUGUCCUUCGGAAGGUAUGUUUGCCAAUUGAUUUUGCUUUUAUUCACUGCUCCAAACAUCAUUAAUUCUGGUCCAGUUUCCAGUCCUGAAAUUGCAUCCCAGUCAGGCAAAUCAAAUGGUCAUAUAUCAUUACAGCAACAACAGCAACAGCAGCAACAACAGUCUAAUCAGAACAAUCAAGAUGCUCAAUUAAAUUCGUUAAAUGUUUAUGCUUCGAACUAUGAUAUUAUUGCGAAUAAGCAAAAUCAAAAUGAUCAUUUUAAGCCAUCUUAUAAGUUGCCAGAUAUGGAGACAAAUUUUACACCCAUUCAUAAUGGCAAUAGCAUAGCACCGGAAUUUGCUUCUCCAUUAGGAUCUCCAACUCCUGUAAUAAUGCAAUAUUUGCCCCAAACAAUAAACGAAGGCGGCGUACAGUAUCUGCAGUUAUUACCAACGAGGCCUUUAAUGGUUCCCAUUGGUCCGUACUUAACCGGUAACACAGGAGUUCAAUCUUUGGCAUAUCAUCAACAUUUGGCACCUAGCAACAACAUUGAUUAUACCACUCGACCACUUUUGUCGGCAUUACCAAUCAAUAUGCCUCCACCAGCACCUUCUGCUCUAGUAGAUGUUCCAGCUUCACCUUUACCAUCCUAUGGAAUUCAGUCGUAUGCUGCCAAUAUUACACCUUACAAACAAAAUCAUAGAAUAAAUAGGGAAACUAAAGACAAACAGUUAUUGGGACCCAUUACAUUAAAUCUUAAUGAAUAUAUACCGCCCGCAAACAAUCAACAACAAUCGACAUUUAGUGUUCGAGGAAGACCUUAAAAUGUCUAUAUUAAUAAUAAUUUUAUUGUUGAAUAAUUUUUAAUAACCAAAUAUUAAUUAUCUUUACUAGAUUUUUACUAAUGUCAUAUAAUUUUGUUAAUUAAUGUAAUAAGAACAAUUGUUAAUUUUUCAAUUAAAAAUAACCAUAGAAUUAAAUACUAUACAUCCUGUCUAAUUAAUUUUUAUUUUCAAAAUUGGUAUCUUAAAUCUAUUUUAUGUUUAAAAAUAUGUAAUUUUUAAGAGAUUUAUUUAUUUUCAAAAUUCCGUUUAUUAAAUUAUUGCACAGGUUGGCCCUUUGCUGUUAUUAAUUUGACGAUUAUAUUUAAAUGACUAAUUAAACAGUGUAAAAUAAUGUAAAUUACUACAAACUAAAAAUUGGGUUAUAAAAUAAACACUUUUUAUACAUAAACAUACAUAUGUAUGUACAUAUGUACUUGCAGGGGGCAUAACAUAUUAUUUGUUGUUAUUUUAUCAAUCAAAACUUAUACAACAGUUAUUUAAAACUAAAUUGUCUUAAUUAAAAAUGAUGUAAAAUACUUUCUCAUCUAUGGGAGUAUACGAAAACAAAAAGUGAAUGUUUGAACUUGCAAUAAAUUCAAUUCAUCAAAACAUACAUAGGUGAGAUCGCACGUAUAAAUAAUAAUCAAUAAAUUAAGUAUAAUUUUUUAUUAACACUAAUAUUAAUUUUAGUAAUAAACUGUUUGAUAACAUUCAUUGAUAAUUUGUAUUAAAUGUUGAUUACUACCUUCCAAUAAAAUAAUCAUAGUCCAUCUUUUCAAUAAGCAAUAAGAAGCCCUCUAUUUUUCAUUUCAUGUUAGAAGUAUGUAGUUCGUAUUCUAUACGCACCUUUACGUUUGUUUUUGAAUUCAUGUAAAUACUUACAAACACAACAUAACACAAAACUCCAAAAAUAUGGAACUUAUUUCAACAACCUGCCACCAAAUGUGGAUGGUAGAUAACACUUGCCAAACUGAGUAUAUAAAACUAACUACUCUGUUUGUGAAUCAAACAUUCGGUUUUAAUAAACAAAACUCUAAAGACAUAAACGAACAACCGAUUUUAAAGAAAUAAAAAUUGUUCAUUCAAAUAAAGAAUACAAAAUCAUUAUCAUCAAUUAAGAAUACUUUAAGUGAUUGACAGAACAUAUUCAAAUUAUUUCUAAGAACAAUACUAAAAUGCAAAAAUAUUUAGCUAUUAUUUUCAGUUUCAUAAUAUUAAUACAUAGUAUUGGAUUAAAUCAUGCAGCACUUUAUGUUUAUAAAAAUGAUACAAAAGAGGAUUAUAAACGACAACCAACGUCAAAUAUUAAUACUGCGACAACGGAAAACAGGGAAAGCAUUCAUCAUCUAAAUCAUAACAAUUGGAAUUUUCAUAAUACAUCAAAAAAUCUACCAAUUCACGAUACUCAAAUAGAGAAUCGACCAUAUACUGACACAGAGUCUACUUAUUCUCCAGCAAAAUAUAAAAUAGUGAACUACAAUAAUGUGGAUGUUGUAUACAACAAACAUCCGCUAGAUAACUCCCAGUACCAGUUCUUAGAAAAUAUCUACGAUUUAAAACAGCGAGGAAGGUCGUCUCUUUUAAAACAGCUACAAAGUCAAAAGCAGGAAUUGAGCAGAGGUUAUGCAGACUUCAUAUACGAUCCAUAUCAGCUGGCAACUACACCAAAAGAAACCACAGUGAGCUCUAAUGAUCACUACAAAACACGGUAUUUAGCUUCGUAUGUCACACCAUCGCCAUCGCAUUCAGAAAUGCAUCCAAACUUACACCAUCAUAUACCACGUAUAAACAACAAAAAAACAGCAAUUGUGUCACAUGCAACAGGCAACGAACCAUCACCAAUGACGACAACAUCCAUAAAAUCGCUUACAUCAAUAGAAAAUAUGCAGCAAUUUCUAACAAAAGUCAACGGAGUAAAAUACAUUAGAAAUAAUAAAUUGAAUGAUUAUGAUAACACCGCUGAAGUCGUAUCUGAAUUUGUUAAGCCCGUAAAUAAAGAGGGUUCCAAACAAUAUCUGUUCGCACCAAUGCGUCCUUCUUUAGAGAGAGAAUUGCCAUACUCUAGCAACACUUUACCUUAUCCGCCUUCAUUUAUAUCUAUUACAACAACCGAGAAACCUUUAUUCAGCUUUAAGUCAGAACACCAUAAAAUUCCAGAUUUAUUUAGCCAUCGACAGUCCAAAUCAUUGUGGGAUUCCUACAUACCGAGUUGGCAAAUAACAAAAAUGCUGCAACAAUAUAAAACUAAGCCUGUUUUUAACAACAAGAACAAUUUACAUACUUUAGCUUUCGCUAGACAGUACAAAAAUGAAAGAGAAAAAAGAAAUGUUUAAAAUAAUCGUCUUUAUUUAUUAAUUUAUAAAUAGCAACUAUUUGCAUCUUAACACAAAACAGUUUGUUUAAAUAUGUGAUUUUUACAGUAACUCUUGUGGAAGAAAACUAGUUAUGACUGUAAUAAAUCAAUUGUAAUUGAAAAAAUAAUAGAAAUUAAAUGAGUUAUAUUUUGCAUGUAACUGCACCUCUUCAGUUUCCAUAGAUAUUAUGUGAGUACUUGUAAAGUAUCUCAUGAUAAAACUUCAUAUAUCCAAUAAAUCUCAAUUACAAUAGUAGCGGGCUUUUACCCUAUAAAUAUAAAAAUUAUAAAUUUAAAUCAUUAUUCAAAAAUACAUUUUAUAUAAUAACAUUUAAUUCUUAAAUAUCAUUAUUAUUAUUGCCAUUUCCUUACUUUCAACUAAUUGUUAUAAAUCAUGCUAAGGAAUAUUUUUUCCCAUUUCAAUGGUAACGAAUAACUGAAAAAUCUCUGUUAAGAUUAAGAUAUGACACAAUUUGUUAAAUCAUUAUUACUUUUACUCAAAACACACCAGACAAGGUAUUUAUUAUGCGCCACAAUAAAGCUUGUAUAUUUGUGGUGUAUGGUUCAAGUAAAAUGAAAACUGGGAGGUUAUAUUCAUAUACAUACAAACCUAUAAAUGUAUGUUGUUGGCGCAAAAUAAGUUGGUAAUAGGCAACAUGUAACAAUUUAAACCGUUGAUAAACACAAAUACAACAUCCACACCUUGUUUGCUUUAAAAAAGAAACAAAAAUUUGGUCUCUUGAAAAGUGAAGAAGAUGAUGUCUUAGAAAUUUUCACAAGUAGGAAGUAAACGGUAAAAUUGAAAUUUUUUUAACAUUGUUGAUGGCUUAACACAGAUGCUGCUGCUGCAUUUAGUGGUUUUGUUAGUUAUUAAAAGUGCUUCUGCAACUCCUUUGGCACAUUUAAUAGUGAUCAAGAAAUAUUGUUUAAAAAACUUUAAACUUAACUGAAAACUUUUUACAUUUUUAUAACAAACUCUUUAAAAAUAUUAAUAAACGUUUUAUGAUGCAAUAUGUGUUUUAUGAUUAAUAAAUAAUUGGUGAUAACUAUGUAUAUAAUUUUAAUAUAUAAGAUAAAUAAAUACACAAAACUAACACAUUUUUUUAAAUGAAUUAAAUAUUUAUCAUAUUUAACCAAUUUUAUAU